GCUGUCCUCCGGUGGGCGGUAGGCUGACUGCGAACACGCCUGGCUGGUAGGCUAUAAGUAGGACGGGGAUGGUUCAUUUGCCAACAUCCGUUCUUUCCCUUUUACCUUCACGCUCCCCGCAGACCCAGGCGGUCAUUUUUACGCUUUCGUCUUGCUUUCCUGCUUUCGCUUUCUUUGCGACCGGUUCGCCUAUCUUGACUUUCCUUCAUAUUCACUCUCACUCUUUACAUCACUCGAACUUGACGUCCACGUCUUCUUCAUUGAUCUAUCCAUCAUGGUUGUUCUUUCUCCCCGCUUCACCCUCCUUGCUUCUCUCUCUGUGAUUGCUGGUCUUGCGUUUGCGCCUUCGACCGCCGAUGCUGCCGCAGUUGAAGCUCGCCAUCACCCCGAGACAUUCGGGAAAAGCAGUCGAACCCCUAAUUCCAGUCCUAUCAAGUCGUCAGGUGCUAAGUCGCGUUCGUCUGGCUUCAGGCAGAACUCUAAAGACAGGUCAUCCUCCAAUGAGACUCCAACAAGAGAUCCCAAGCCCACCAUUCCACUCCCUGUAGGCGCUUAUGGCCAGGCAAAGGUGCAAGUGCAGGGUGCCGGACCAGUGAGUGGAAAAGAGACCAAGCAUCACAAAGCUCAGAAUAAGCGUCAAUUCUUCUAUGAUCCUUUCAAUCCACUUUUGCAGCUCGGUAAUCUCUGGAUCGGUGAUAGACCUCCUCCGGAACGCAACUUCGACAGGACUAACGCUCGCGUUCAAGUUCACCGUUCGUCCACUCCUCAAUCACACGACCACCAUCAUACUGCCCACGCUAAGGUCAUCGUGAAUGGUGAUCAUGAUCAUAUUGACGUUCUCGAGAAGAAGGCCAUCCCUGACUUGUCCACGCCACUCCUGGACGAGGAACAUUCAUUAUUGGUCCCAAAUCAACUCUUGCCUCGUCAUAACAAGCACCAUCACGUGCAUGGCAGCAAAGUCUCUGUCAACGGGAAUGGUGAAUAUGUCCAUGUUCACCGACGAGACAACGUUUACCAGUUUGAGGGCGUGCCGGGUACUGUCGAUAUAAUGAGCGAUGUUGCGGAUUCGACCUCAGGACAAAAGAUAGCAUCUCUGGUGCUGUCAGCGACCAACGGCACCAAUGGAUCUAGUCCUGGAGAUCCAUUCAUCUUGAAUGCAUCUUCAACCAAUCAGACGCAAGUCUACCUCAUCGCCUUGCCGCCCGAUGACACCUCCGAUAGCUCGAAUUCUACCACUGCUGCCACAUCUGAGUCCUCCAACUCUACCUCGUCUGCUAACUCGACGACCGCCGAUACAUAUCGUAAGGUGGCUAUCACCAUUCCCCUCUUCGACGCCGAGAAUGCGGUCAUGGAGUCCUACUGUGCCACCUUCGACCCGAAGCCCCCUGCGCCUGCCCCUCUCACGGUCGAACGCUGUACGAACGGGACUCAAAAUGAUGAGCACAAGAGCCAAGUCUUUGCCUUUGAACCGUCUACCGGAAUUAUCCGCCCGAUGUGGUUCGAGGGUGAAGACGAUGGGACGGAAGACGAUGAUACUGAUAGCUUGGAAGACAAGGAGGCUGGUACCCCAGUUGCCCCUGAGGAUGGUAGUAACAACUCGACGUCAGUCGCUCCCCAGGAUCCCGGUACUCCUUCUACGGAUAAGACGGCCAACGUAACAAGCAUUGACAGCAGGAUGGUUGAUGAAGAGGAUGGUGACGUAACAAGUCCACCGUCCGCUGCUGCUUUUGCUCAAUCUCGUGCUAUUGACAACCCAUAUGCAAUUGCCAGAAAUGUCACCUUGGUGUUCAGUCCUGCCCCUCCAACGGUCGCUUCCUCAAACAGCGAAAAGGUCGGCGAUGGUCCUGCCGAUAGCGCUUCGAGCGUGGACCCUGCAUCUACGUCUACUCUCUCAUCAUCUAGUGCAGAUACGUUCACCGCGGCGGCUACCUUGGCAACCCUUUCCAGCUCUGCUCCUGCUUCUGCCUCUGAGACCGUUUCAGCUAGUGUCUCCGCCAUGGAUGCCCUUUUCACGUCAACGACCCAAUCGGACACGCCGGUCUCUUUCGCCUCCGCAUCUUCGACCACGACGUCGACGGCUGUGGUUACUACUGCUUCAGCUUCAGCUAUAUCAGAAUCUACAGGAUCACCUGCAAAUCCCACCUCUGGUGCUCUUGAUGUUGAAGUAUUCGAUCCUAAUGCUACUGGAUCAAUGUCGACUGUGUCCACUGCGACGUCGGCUUCGAUUACAUCGUCUUCGACUUCGCCCUUGAUUUCGCUCGCGGCCAACUUGUUUGCAGCAUCAACCACCGAUGCGCCGGAAACAUCUACGACUGUGACAUCUUCGGCCGCAGAUUCAUCGAGCCCUAGCGUUAGUUCUACUGUGUCAUCAACAUCUGCAGGUAUUGAGGCCGUCUCUUCUUCCUCGGUCUCGGCAACCAGUGUCGCCACUAGUGCGACCACUUCGAUGACUCCCGUCAGUACUGCACCGUACGAGUGGAUGUUCAAAGAGGGUAUUGCGAAGGAUGUUUGAUAACGGGAAAUUUUUCAAAGUGAUAGCGAGUUGCACCAAUGAGAGUCUUGAUAAUUCUUUUUAUACACACAUACAUUACUACUCACCACUCUUUAAUACACACCACUUUACCUGCUUCGGUGUUCCGAAGGCGUCCAUAACAUCUCGAGACUCGGAAUGAGUAGUGUCACCUCAGUGAAACGAGAAACAGUAUCGAUGGC